CAUGGCCGCCGCCGCUGUUGACGCUACUUGCUCUUGUUUAUAGCUAGAAUCGUUUGAAGAAAUUGGUUAAAGCGCUGUGCAUGACUUCUGCAACUUCGUAGUACGCUAUAUUUUAGAGGAUCUAACAAAAGAUAGAAAUUUGCGCAGCGACUGGUGACGAAGUGGGAUUGUCCAGAGGGGGAUGGUCUUUUAACUUUGACGGGUCUAAGGCGUCGUAUUAUCGCUCUAAAGUCCCAAGUGACGUUAUCACUCUUGCUGAUAUCACCAACGGGGAAAUUUUUCCUUGGAUAAUUUCAUCUGCAUUUCAACACCAAUAACACCCACAAACACAAAUUUGCAGGUUUCGCCUGGCAUCAUGUCAACGACUACUCCAAAACCCAGAGGACGUCCUCCAAAACCGAAAACAUGCUGCACAUGGUGCAUGGAGCAAAAACAAACUCUGUUGUAUGUGAUUCCAACGGCACAAGGGAAGAAGGAAUUCUGUUCAGAAAAAUGUCUGGCAGAAUAUCGGAAGGCAAUGGCUAAGGGCAUAUGCCUUCAGUGCAAGGGGGUCAUUCGAGGCUCUCCUGUGAAAUGGGAAAUUCCUGAGCAGGAGGCCAAGCUGUUCUGCUCUGACGCAUGCAUGGGAAAGUACAGGAAAGUUGAGCCGAAAAAGAAUGGAGAUAGCAUUCCCUCAAACGCUGGUAGGAAACCUGGAAUAUCUGGAGUGUCCAACACUCUACCGAAUGAUUACGGCAACUUUGACUGGGUGACCUAUUUAGCUGAAACAAACAGCAAAGCAGCACCAGCUAAAUGCUUUCGGCAAUGGCCAGAUCCACCGUCAAAUGAUUUCAAACUAGGCAUGAAACUAGAAGCCAAAGAUCCGAGGAAUUUGGACUCCACCUGCAUUGCAACCGUUGUUGGAAUUUUGGGCCCAAGGCUUCGUCUCCGGCUGGAUGGCUCGGACAACAAGAAUGACUUCUGGAGACUUGUGGACUCCAACGAAAUUUUCCCAGGAGGACAUUGCAAAGCCCAUGGCGGGAUCUUGCAACCGCCUCUAGGGUUUAGGAUGAAUGUUUCAUCUUGGCCAACCUUCCAGCAAAAGAUUUUGGCCAAUGCUUAUCAAGCUCCUAAAGAGGUUUUCAAAAAGCACCCUCAAAGACCAUCUACUAAUCAAUUCCAGGUUGGAAUGAAAUUGGAAGCUGUUGACAAAAAGAAUCCCCUCCUCAUAUGUGUGGCAACUGUCGGAGAAGUCAAAGGAGAUAUGAUCUACGUAACGUUUGACGGGUGGAGGGGAGCCUUCGACUAUUGGUGCCGCUACGAUUCCACCGACAUUUUUCCUGUAGGUUGGUGCCAAAAAAGUGGACACCCACUCCAACCUCCAGGGAAUAAAGGUCUGUACCAAGCCAUAUCAGGCUCUAGUCGUGUCAAAUCCAAGGCAAGUAACUCCUCCAACAUAUCUAUCACGGAGCCUGUGACCCCGCCAGCCCCAGUUGUCAACAAGCAAAGUAGUUCCAUGCCUUUGCCCACUCCCCCAACAGUGGAUGUGGUGAAGAAAGAAACUGAGCCAGAUACUCAGUUGAAUAACAACGUCACUGUCAUUGAACCGGACACGUCCGGCAACCCUUCUUCUCCUGACUCGGAAAAUAACCUGAAUGGGAAUAGCACUUCAGUUACGGUCUUGGUCAGUAAUUUGUGUAAAUGCGGACCAUUCCUGGAUGCGAAAAAGAUUGCCCAAUUCCCAUCCCAUUUUGGUCCAGGAAAUGUCAGCCGAGUGCUAAAGGAGAGCAUUCAAGCUUUGGUUGACGCAGCGAACGAUCCUAGACAGGUUUAUGGGAUGCUAAGACAGGGAGAAGGAAAAGUCUUCAUUAGAAUCGCCUCAGAUAACCAGAAGAGUAGUGUCCGACUACCCGCGGUCGAGACUGCUACAGACUUUUGGAAUUUUGUGGAGGUGUUUUUUGAAGAGUUGCGGUGUUGUGAAAACUUAUUCUCCAGGAGAGCCGCUAGGCCUGGCGCCAUCUGCUCCAAGUGCACCAAAGAUAAGACUGCACCAGUAGUCAAUAAAAAAAAUCAAGUUGCCCAAGGCAACAGCAGCAAACCAGCGACCAACAAGAGGCGCUGGCCAUCUUCCGAGGCACCUCCUCCCUCAAAAACUCCACCAAGCCCUGCUCAGCAGGUUCCAACAUCACCAAGUGAUUUCCAACCCAGUCCGAGUAAGCAGCCAAGGAAGAGUGUGCCGAGUAAGACUGAAUUGGAAGCAGCAACUUCUACUACUCCUCUUGACGGUCCACCAAAGUUGCCAGCAGAGGUGAUCGAAUGGACGAUCGAAGACGUCAUAAACCACAUUUCAUAUGUAGACCCGUUGCUUGGCUCCCACUCUGACAUAUUCAGGAAACAUGAGAUUGAUGGGAAGGCGUUGUUGUUGUUGAUUCCUGAAAUGAUGAUGAAAUACAUGGGCUUGAAGCUCGGUCCAGCUUUGAAAAUCAGCAACAUCAUCGCCAAAAUCAAAGGCAGAAAGCAUUUUGUGUCCUGAUCAGGUAGGCGGGGAAACUCAGUUUAAUAAAACCUUGUGAGCGGUAUCGGACUGGCUAAUUAAUCUAACUGGGCUGAUCCCCAGAGCGUUCCCCUUUAGGAUAACAGUGAGGCGCCUUUUGCCCCGCGCCCAGCUGCGAUGUUGCCGAUUUUAGCGCCUGGUAAAAUUUUAGACCCCAGUCCGGCACUGCUUGUGAGCAUUGCAUGCAAACAUAGUUGUCUUGUGUGUGUACCACCUUGCAGAAGCGAGAUGUUUAUCCUUCUGCACUCUAAUGUGUCCUACAUUUCGAGUCAUGAUUCGCAUUGGUGUUUGUAUAUUUCUUUGCACAUCUUAUUACCAACCACAUUCAGGUGAAUAGUGGCGUAUAUAAAUUGGUUUUUUGUGAUACGCGACGCUGAAAUUUUUUAAUUUUGAUCUCCGAAUGCCGGACUAAAUUUUGUGUUAUGAUGAGACCAAGAAAUAAAAAAAAUUUUGUCAGCAACAGCUCGGUAGCUGUGUGUAAAUGUAUUGAUUGUAGACAGGAAAAUAUUUUUGUACAAUGAACCUGUGCAUUGCACAAAUGUAGAGUGUACAAGCAAUGAUUUUACCCAAAGGUGAUGCAAUCAAUAGGGAAAAGUUUCAAGACUUAGUUGUAAUUUGUGAUAAUGAGUGUUGGUGUUUAUGAUAAACAAGGGGAAACAAAUUUAUCAAUAAUUGCUCAUAAUUUGCACACUAGCAAUCCUACAAAGCUUUGCAUCAUCUUUUGAGUAGAUUUCAACUUAGGGAGGCGUACUGGCAAAAUGUUGAAUAUUUGUUGAAGCGUAAAAUAUGAAAUAUUUUAUCUCUGACCAGCUAUUGCAGAAUUGUAUCAGAUAUAUGAAAAAUAAAAACAGCAGGGAGUCCUGCUUCAACAACUCAA